ACUCACACAGCAAAAGUGCGUGUUCCUCCGCCUUUGGUUGCACGGUCGAGAAAAUCAUUUAGCCUCGACUUGUUGCUAUGCAACCGCAACGCCACCCGCCAGAUUCAGCACAACAAAAUGUCUGAAAGAAGACUGCAUGAGGUGAGUCAAUGUAUUGUUUCAAACAACUGGCUACAGUAUUAUACUGCUAAAAAACUGUAACAUACCCAUUCACAAAUACAAGAAGAACUAGCUAACUAGCUAUAGUCACCUUUAUGUGUCCUAGCUAUAUCGCUGUUUAAGAUAUAAGUUAGCUAACUGCUAGCUAGAUAGUUAGCAUGCUAGCUAGCUAAAACAGUACGUUAGCUGCUAGUAUACGUUAUGUAUGGCCACAGAUAAAUAGGGAAAACCCAUAGAGAUAGAUAGAGGACCCGUUUUCGCAUGGGUAGCGCCAUUGACGACUUCCACCAAUGUGAAGUAGUCAACUGGGUGGGAGCGUUGAGCUAUAAAAGAACGCGGGACUUCAGAGGAUCACAUAAUUCCGUUGUCACGAGGGAUCAGCCGAUUAAUUAUACUCUUGAGGAAACAUUCCAUAACUGCAGGUGGCAGUAAAUCGCCAACUUUUUACCUGUUCAAACAACACACUAUAGGUGGCAGUGUGCACCCUUUCAGUUUGUUUGUUACUCAUAGAAGUAACGUUAGUAGAAGAAGACAUUUGACUACUUCAAAAUGGCUCUGCCCAUGCUCUCACAGACGCCAUAAUAGGACAGAUACAAUGAUGCGAUGUCUAUUUAAGUCUAUGGGGAAACCCUAUCAAUAUCUUUGAUAUCGCUAAAACUAGCCUAGCUCAGAGAUAGAUCGUAGGUUAUGUGAAUAACUGUACAUUAUACGCAGACUGACUUUCAAUGAACGUGUUGUUCCUUUGAAAUGUUAUAUGCCUGUUGGCUAAAAGAACCAACAACUACUGUAUUUUUAUGAGCUACCUAACUUACUACAUUUGUUUAUUUAGCCCAAAAUACCCAUGUUAUCCAAGGCAGAAAGGUCUCAAGGAGGAAGAUCUGUGAGACGUCCAGCCUCUGUCCCCUCAAAGAAACCAUCCACGAUAGACCUACUUGCUAAAGAGGAGGAAUACAAGUAAGGUUCCUUGCCCAAACAUCUGUUGAGUCAAUGUAGACUGUAUCAUAUGAGAUGCUGUAACCAGAUGAAGAUAGCAUAAAAAAAGAGCAUAUUUCUCCCAUUCCAGACGUAUAAAUGCAGAGCUGGAGGCAAAAACAGCUGAACUAGUAAGGCAAGCGGAACAGGUUAUGGUAAGUGGUUUAGCUAGCUACCUGACCAAUUGACACUCUUCAGAACAACAUAAAACAUUCAUUUUUAGACAUCAUAUUUGUUUUAUUUAAACUUUUUGUCCUGAUUAGUGUUUUUUUUUCUUCUUUUUUUUCAGAGUGACCAAAAUGAAGUCUUGUCAAAGCCAAUCUCUUUCCACCUUGAUGUUGACAUUGAGGAUGAGGAUGAGGAGGAGGAUUUCAGGUAAUACAAUAUUGCAUUGCUCAAAACGUAUACCAUUUCAGUGUAGUAGACUGGAUAAGAAUAUAUGUAUUUGUAUUUGUCUUUAGGAAUGUGAACAUGCUGGAAUCUUCAGUUAGGAAGCCCACUGCUAAGGUGCAGUAUUCAAUUCAGUUUGAUAUGUAAAAUGUAACAUCUCAGAGAGGCAAAGGUAAUGUAAUCACUUAGUAAAACUAGGUGAGAAUCUCAAUUGCAUUUCCUUGAGUCCUUGCGUCCUCUCCCCUCACCUCCUUUUCAAAACCCAUUGGAUGAGAAGGUCAGAGGGGAGGUACCUCUGACCUUCUCAUCCAAUGGUUUUGAGAAGGAGGCGAGGUGAGUGGAUGUGAGGAAUCAAGGAAAUGCAAUUGAAAUUCUCCCUAAGUCAUAUUUCCCUUGCUCAGGUAGUGACAAAGAAAAGGGUCACUUCAAAAUCCAAUUCACAAAACAGACCUCCUGGAAACCUGAGAAAAGCACAGUAAGAAUGUUAUCCUUGUCACAAAUGUUCACACAAAUAUCUAUUGGAAACACUGGAAGAUUAAUGUGAAAGGUUAUGGCUUAAUGAGUGUCCAUCAUUGUGGAUCUUCAGUUCCUCAUGUUUGUUAUGACUUUUUCAACUUUUUGUUUGAGUUGUAUUUUGUUUAUUUGUUAUUUUAUUUCAGAACAACAAAGGCAUCUGCAGUUGAGGAUGUUGCAGUUCUUGAAGAUUUUGUGGAUUUUUCCUUGACUAAAACAAUACGUAACAUUGAGGGGAAGCUGGAUGAUGGAGAUACUCAUGACAAUCUUAUGGAAGACAUCAUGCCCAGUGUUGGGGAUGAGAUGGGAUCAGGUGAAUUCUGAUUUCAUGUAUUACACUUUCUGUGGCAUUCUCACACAUUCACAAUAUCACAUCUGGAGCACAAGAAUGGGUCUUUGCAAAAACAUGACAUUACAAAAAAUUAAGUUAUUUAUCAGAGUUCCAGAAUAUCAAUUGUUUCAGCCUUCUGUUCAUCGAGCUUCUCGCAUAUCCUUAAAAUUAUAUCAUUCUUUAUGUAACUAUAGUAUCUUUUUUUUGUGUGCUGUGUUUUAGAUGCUCAGAUCCGUUUUCUCAAAGCAAAACUUUGUGUAAUGCAAGAAGAAUUAAACCGGCUAGCAUAUGAGUGCAACAAGAAGGUAAUGAUAGAAAUAUGAGAGAUUAGGUAUAUUUUUGGAGUAACAUUGAAACAAGUAUAAAACAUGUAUUUGUUAUAGGAUGAUGCAAACAGUAGUUUAAGCACCAACAUAAAGGGGAUAGAGGAGGAUCGAACCAGACUACAGAAGACCACAAACAUUCAGCAAACCCAGAUAGAGAAACACAGAACUUUAGCGGAGGAGUCAAACAGAAAAUGUGAUGGGCUCCAGCAAGAAGUAACUGCUCUACAGAAGGUGGGUGUCAAGGAUAAAACAGUUAUUACAUUGAUUCUCUUUCUAGUUAGUCUUUUGGUAAUAUUAUAAACAGCACAUAUUGUAAUCAUGAAGUCCAUGAACAGUGACUGAGAGAAACCAAGACGUUUAUAGACCGGUCUUAUUGCUGAAUGGGCAGGGGGGCAUUGUACAGCUUAGACCUCUACGGGAUCGGUAUAUGGGAUGGUUGAGCUAACGUGCUCUAAUGUGAUUAGCAUGACUGUUGUAAGUAACAGCAAACUUUCCAGGACAUAAACAUGUCUUAUAUGGGCAGAAAGCUUAAAUUCUUGUUAAUGUAACUGCACCGUCCAAUUUACAGUAGCUAUUACAGUGAAAAAAUACCAUGCUAUGGUUUGAGGAGAGUGCACAACAACAAACUUAUUACAGCAACUGGUUUGAUACAUUCACCUCUGAAGGUAAAUAAUGUACUUACAUUCAGUAAUCUUGCUCUGAUUUGUCAACCUGAGGGUCCCAGAGAUAAAAUGUAGCAGUUUUGUUUGAUAAAAUCAAUUUUUAUAUUCAAAUGUUGGAACUGGGUUCUACAGUUUGAACCCUUGCUGUCUCUGGCUCCAUACCCACCCCGCCCGGCCAUCUAGAUGUGUGAAAGUUAGUGUAUAAGCAAAUAAUCCAUCAUGUAUGACAUUCCUGGGAGUGUGUAAACUUACAUUUUGUAUUACCAUAUCAUUUUUGUAUGUUCUCUAUAGUUAUGUACUUGAAAAUGUAUCGAUUGACCAAGUCGGCACAUUUGGGCAGACUUGAUACAAAAUAGUCCAGUAUUGCAAUGCUUCACUGGAUCAAUCUGAAACUUUGCACACACACUGCUGCCAUCUAGUGGCCAAAAUCUAGAUUGCACCUAAACUGCAAUAUUAUAUUGUGGCAUUUCUUGCAUUUCAAAGAUGAUGGAACAAAACAAAAAAUAGAAAACGCAUGUUUUUUUGUUUGUAUUAUCUUUUAUCUAAUGUGAUAUAUUCUCCUACAUUAAUUUCAUAUUUCCACAAACUUCAGUUUUUCCUUUCAAAUGGUAUCAAGAAUAUGCAUACAGUGGGGGAAAAAAGUAUUUAGUCAGCCACAAAUUGUGCAAGUUCUCCCACUUAAAAAGAUGAGAGAGGCCUGUAAUUUUCAUCAUAGGUACACGUCAACUAUGACAGACAAAAUGAGAAAAAAAAUCCUGAAAAUCACAUUGUAGGAUUUUUAAUGAAUUUAUUUGCAAAUUAUGGUGGAAAAUAAGUGUUUGGUCAAUAACAAAAGUUUCUCAAUACUUUGUUAUAUACCCUUUGUUGGCAAUGACACAGGUCAAACGUUUUCUGUAAGUCUUCACAAGGUUUUCACACACUGUUGCUGGUAUUUUGGCCCAUUCCUCCAUGCAGAUCUCCUCUAGAGCAGUGAUGUUUUGGGGCUGUCGCUGGGCAACACGGACUUUCAACUCCCUCCAAAGAUUUUCUAUGGGGUUGAGAUCUGGAGACUGGCUAGGCCACUCCAGGACCUUGAAAUGCUUCUUACGAAGCCACUCCUUCGUUGCCCGGGCGGUGUGUUUGGGAUCAUUGUCAUGCUGAAAGACCCAGCCACGUUUCAUCUUCAAUGCCCUUGCUGAUGGAAGGAGGUUUUCACUCAAAAUCUCACGAUACAUGGCCCCAUUCAUUCUUUCCUUUACACGGAUCAGUCGUCCUGGUCCCUUUGCAGAAAAACAGCCCCAAAGCAUGGUGUUCUUUGGAUGCAACUCAGCAUUCUUUGUCCUCCAAACACGACGAGUUGAGUUUUUACCAAAAAGUUCUAUUUUGGUAUCAUCUGACCAUAUGACAUUCUCCCAAUCCUCUUCUGGAUCAUCCAAAUGAACUCUAGCAAACUUCAGACGGGCCUGGACAUGUACUGGCUUAAGCAGGGGGACACGUCUGGCACUGCAGGAUUUGAGUCCCUGGCGGCGUAGUGUGUUACUGAUGGUAGGCUUUGUUACUUUGGUCCCAGCUCUCUGCAGGUCAUUCACUAGGUCCCCCCCGUGUGGUUCUGGGAUUUUUGCUCACCGUUCUUGUGAUCAUUUUGACCCCACGGGGUGAGAUCUUGCGUGGAGCCCCAGAUCGAGGGAGAUUAUCAGUGGUCUUGUAUGUCUUCCAUUUCCUAAUAAUUGCUCCCACAGUUGAUUUCUUCAAACCAAGCUGCUUACCUAUUGCAGAUUCAGUCUUCCCAGCCUGGUGCAGGUCUACAAUUUUGUUUCUGGUGUCCUUUGACAGCUCUUUGGUCUUGGCCAUAGUGGAGUUUGGAGUGUGACUGUUUGAGGUUGUGGACAGGUGUCUUUUAUACUGAUAACAAGUUCAAACAGGUGCCAUUAAUACAGGUAACGAGUGGAGGACAGAGGAGCCUCUUAAAGAAGAAGUUACAGGUCUGUGAGAGCCAUAAAUCUUGCUUGUUUGUAGGUGACCAAAUACUUAUUUUCCACCAUAAUUUGCAAAUAAAUAAAUUAAAAAUCCUACAAUGUGAUUUUCUGGAUUUUUUUACCUCAAUUUGUCUGUCAUAGUUGACGUGUACCUAUGAUGAAAAUUACAGGCCUCUCUCAUCUUUUUAAGUGGGAGAACUUGCACAAUUGGUGGCUGACUAAAUACUUUUUUUCCCCCACUGUAUCCUUGCUUCAGGUCCUGAGCUACAGGCAGUUAGAUUUGGGUAUGUCAUUUUAGGCCAAAAUUUUAAAAAAGGGUCAGAUCCUUAAGAGGUUAAUAAAGGAUGAAAUCAACCCCUCAACAGGGGAAUGCCUGGCAUGGCCUCAUUAACAUGAUUAGCCUGUAAGGUGAACCUCUCCUGCAGCUGGUGGUUGUGCGGCGCCCAUGUGACAGAUAUCUUUGGAAUUCAGAGAAAUCCCCCAGCGACAUUGCCCUCGCCUUGACCAGGGGUGGGGUGAAACAUGGUUGUAUAAUAUUUCCCACUGGGAGGGAUCACAACAGAGACAUACACUGAGUGUACAAAAUAUUAGGAGCACCUUCCUAAUAUUGAGUUGCUCCCCCUUUUGCCCUCAGAACAGCCUCAACUCGUCAGGGCAUGGACUCUACAAGGUGUCGAAAUACGUUCCACAGGGAUGCUGGCCCAUGUUGACGCCAAUGCUUCCCACAGUUGUGUCAAGUUGGCUGGAUAUCCUUUGGCUGGUGGACCAUUCUUGAUACACACGGGAAACUGUUGAGCGUGUAAAACCCAGCAGCGUUGCAGUUCUUGACACAGUCAAACCGGUGCGCCUGGCACCUACUACCAGACCCUGUCCAAAAGCACUUACAUAUUUUGUCUUUCCCAUUCACGCUUUCAAUGUCUCUAUUGUCGCAAGGCUUAAAAAUCCUUCUUUAACCGGUCUCCUCCCCUUCAUCUACACUGAUUGAAGUGGAUUUAACAAGUUACAUUAAUUAGGGAUCAUAGCUUUCACAUGGAUUCACCUGGUUAGUCUGUCAUGGAAAGAGCAGGUGUUCCUAAUGUUUUGUACACUCAGUGUAUGUCCACACCCAAAGAAAAUACAAAUUAAUGGUUGAUGGCUUCCUAAUGCUUAGUAGUCACAAUUAUUUGUUUAAAUGAAUAACUAUUAGCAUUUAAUUUCAGAAAUAUGAAGUUAAUAAGUAACUGUGAUGACAGUCAGUUGUUGUAGCUAUCUAAUCAAAUAUUACCAUUAUCAUUACAGUGCCUUUGAAAAUGUGUGUAGGUGCGGUAUAAAAACAUUACACAAAAUGCUUUUACUGAAUUAGCUUGCCCCCCGUGUGUUUAACAAAGGAAAUCGAGGGUUUGAAGAGAGCACAAAAACAGGCAGCAACCAAUCACAGUGCCGUAGAGGUAAGACUGAACAGAGCCUUGGAGGAAGUUGAGAGGUCCAAGACACAACUGAGCAAGAUCAAGCAGAUGAGCAAGGUAAAUUAAACCACCUAUCAGUGCAUUUAGUGAUCACAUCAAUCAUCAUUUACACUACAAAUAGUGCCAUGCUAUUAGUAUAGUUCAGAUUUUGGUAUUCAAGUUAGGCUUCUGUCACUUGUUGUAUAACCCAGGUUAAAUAGACUUGUUUUAUGUCUAUCCUUUCCAUAAGGACACAGCGGACCAGGCGCAUAAAAAAAUAGAAACCUUAAAAGCCGAAAACAAGAAGCUGGAAAAGCAAAAAGCAGAACUGAUAGUGGGUUUUAAAAAACAGCUCAAACUGAUUGAUAUACUGAAAAGGCAAAAAGUAAGUCUUCAUAUUAAAUGCAAGUAAUUAUUAAAAGACCGUAUCAUUACUGAUAUUUCUCCUUAAACUGACAUUUUUCCCCUUGCUUGAGCAGAUGCAUUUUGAAGCUGCCAAGAUGUUGUCGUUUACAGAAGAGGAAUUCAUGAAAGCUCUUGACUGGGGGAAAUCA